UUCUGUUCUGUCGUCUGUCAGUGUCAGUACUCAGUGGUCAGUGUCAGUCAGCCACACGGAACGGAAAGACAUUCUACAAUCUACACUGUGUGUAAUUGCGAUUUGUGCAAUAUUUUAAAACAUCGUUGAAAGUUUUCCUUUGUUCAAACAUUUUAGGCAUCAAAAGUCAGUAGGCCUACUAUUCUUUUUAAUAACUCGAAUUUACUUUAAUUUCUGUGCGACGGACUUAGCCUAGUUCACUUCACCAAAGCUACAUGAUGAAGCAAGUCUCACUAUUUAUAUUUUCAAUUUUCAUCUUAGUUGGUUCUGCUUAUGAUGAGAACACAAUCGAGGAGGCAAAGAAGAAAGUCUCGGAGGGACUGGAUAUGCUACCAGACAAUGUGAAGGAAAUCAUUCCCAAAGGUUUAGACCCUGACAAAAUACCUUCUAUCGAGGAAGGAGAAGAUUUGCUCAAGGAAAGAUGUUUACGCUAUGGAACAAAUACAUCGUUCGAUCAAGCUAUGGCUGCCAAAGAAGAUUUACAAUUUUGCCUACGUGGACUGGUGAACACCACAGUAAUCAAGAAAGAGAUAGAACUAGCUAAACCUACUGGAGACCUGGACAUCGUCUUCAGAAAGUACUGCAGAAAGUCUCCUAUGCUGAGGAACUGUGUGACCAACUUCACGGAAGCAAUAGAGCCUUGCCUGAGUCCUGAGGAGCUCGGCACCAAACAGACCAUUACUAACAUCACAGACGCUCUCAUCAGCUUUAUCUGCUUCAAGGAGGGUGACCGGAUAGCACUGUUCAUUGCCGAGGGAGGCCCAGAUUGCCUACAGAGCAAGUACGAGGACAUCGUACAAUGUCUCAACUCUACCUUCUCCAAGUACACACCCAAAGAAACCCUCAAUCCGGAGGCUUUAAAAGAUGAACUGCCGCAACUCAAGCUCGGUCAACCUGAGUGCAAUGAUAUAAAGAUCUUCCAAAAGUGUGUAGUCAAACAUUUGGAGCAGUGUUCCGAACCCACGCCUGCCAACAUCGUAGACAGCAUGUUCACAUUUGUCAAGAAGGUGACUCCAUGUCAGCAAUACGAGGUGAAGGCCGGAGCGAGCUCCACUCACACUAGCGUCGUUACCGUCGCCCUAGCUGCAGCAGCUUCUAUCCUCAUCUCCACACUACUGUAGAACAUAGCGUUUGUGUAGUUACUUGAUUGCUCAUGUAAUGUUUUUAUAAUGGUCCUCAAGAGACAUCUUGGGCCUGUAAAAAAACAAUAACUAGCCACAACACUAGAAUGUGAUCUAAAAGGUUUAUUUUGAACAAAUUUUUGUAGUAAAUAUAGUUUUUAUUGUUUCCUUCUUUGUGUUAUACAUACAGUGCAUACAUUCAAAUGUGAAUUAUUAUUUUAGAAUGUGUUUUUUUUUUAUUUGUUUACUUUACAAUCUGUUCUAUAAUAAUGUUGAACAAUAAAUGCCAUGCAAUACAACAAAGUAACUUUUGAGCCUUAAAAAUAGCUGUUAAGCACUGUCAACAAUAAAUUAUUUUAUAAUGUGAUUAAAAACGUUUAUUUUGAGCAAAUUGUUAAAGUAAAUAUAUUUUUUAAAUUGUUUCCUUGUUUUUGUUAUACAAUACAGUACAUACAGUCAAAUAUGAAUUAUUAUUUUUGUAUAGCAAAACUGUAUAGUUACUAUUGGGUAAGUUUGGCAAACAGAAUUAUGCAUCAUCAUCUCCUCUAUAAUUAUUGCUCUACAUUUUGAAAUGUAAGCACUAUUCAAUGAUCACAGUGGUGUUAGAAAGUAAACACACUUGUAAAAUGAAGCUGUAAUGGCUGAUAUUAAUCUGUUAUUAAGUUACGCACUGCUGUGAGUCGUCUCUCUCUUAUCCAGCCACCUUUCUUCAACCAACAUCAAUUUAAUCGGUCAUUGUCAAAACAUUGACAUCCUUAUAGAGUUUUUGAAAUGAUUUCUAGGGUAAAUCCAUCCAUCCAGCAAUGGUGAUCUGAUCGGAGCUUCAAUCUUUAGGUGUCUGAAUAAGAGGAAGACUACUAUAUGUGCAAAUUCUCUUGAAAUUAUUUCAGUAAACAUGUUUGCAACUAAGAUUGGUUAUGUAAGUUUAGUUGUUAAGUUUUUUUAUUUACAAAUUGAAUCAACCAUCUAUCAACAUUCCUUACUGAUAAUACAGUUACCCACUCAUUAUAUUUAGGUUGAGGUGUCUUUUUUCAAGGUGAUUUAAUAUCACUUUCACGCAUGUAGCCUAUCAUCAAGUAGACUAGUCAUUAACUUAUUUUUAUCACUUAUUUCAGUUUAUGGUUUGUUUUUCAUUCUAUUGUUACUGUAAACUUUUUAAUCAAAUUUAUGAUUACUUUUGUUAAAUUAUUUGGCCAUGGUUCAUAUUGGUAAAGAACAAUGAUUCAAGUGACAAAGGUGACCAAAAUUCAUAAUCUCUUCACAGUCUUGUAGGAUACAAACUACAGCUUGCUUCCUUUUUCUCCCUGUCUUUGAACAGCAUAAUAAUUAUUAACAAGUUUUGAGAUGUGAUCAGAGUCAUGUUUGUACGCAAAAUAAGUUUCUGCAACUAAAACAUUAUAAUUCAAAAUCCAAAGUAUACUAACAUAAUGUUAGUAUUUUUGUAUAAGAUAAAGACUUUAAAAUGUCCAAGAUUCAAUUGGUUAGCUUACAAAAUAUGCAAUCUGUUUUCAGUAAUCUUAGUUUCCAAUGUUGCCUUAAAAAUGUGUGUUUUGGUAUUUGAGGUGUUUAAUAUUCAAUUAAUGUUAACCCCACGAUUGAUUUUUCAAUCUUGUAACCCGAAUGAAUUUAAGAUUAGUGAGAUUUUUACUUUUACUCCUCGUUGGAUAAGUUUCUUAUAAAGGGCGGCAAAACAGCAAAGUUGUAGAGUAUUUUGACCUAUACAAGCUACAGGAAAUUUAUUUUUUAUUGUUCUCGAAAUAAUACAUUUUCCUCAUUCCUUUAAAACAAGUUAACAUUAACACCAAUCAAACAAUGUAUUUCAACACUUUUUUAGUAAAUUUAACAUAUGAACAUUUUGUUACUAGCCUAAAAAUACAAAUAUUAUACCUUUUUAAUUUAAAACUGCCUUAUAAAAUAUGAAUUAUAAGUUUUGAAAACGUUAUUUUGUAGAGUUAUAUUAUGGCUUCAACAUAAAUUACAGAUAUAUAUUUUUCAUACAUAAAAGAAAGUCAUUGGUUGCUUAAAGAUUCAUUAACAGUUGCUUUAUAUCAUCCAUGACAUUUUUGUAGUUAUUGUAAAUUUUAAUGUUUAUAGUGCUGGAAAAUAGGUGUUAAGUUAUAAAUUUAUUUAAAAAGAGUUGUACUUAGUCUUUGUGAGUACACCAUUUCAAAAUUGAAAUGGAAACCAAUUAUUUUUUUUAACCAUACCAUGUUUACAAUAUUUGUCAGUGUUAACCCUAUUGGCCUAUUAUAGUUGUAAGUUAUAAAUUAUUUUGCAUUUUAUGAAAUGCAAUGUUCCCUUUUGUGUAAAUCAAAAUACAGGUUAAUAUUUUAUAUAUGUCUAGUGAUUUGAAUAAAAUCUAAUGAUGACUGGUUUUGUAAAGUUUGUAAUACUCUGGUGUAAAGCUAUGACAGCGGUUGAUUGAGAAAUAAAUUGAUAUUUUUACAUAAGUUAA